AGGUCCCGUGCUGCGCUUCCGGGGCGGGGCCGGGAGGAAGAGGCUGAGUCCUAGUCCGGCAGCCUCGGCGGCAGCUAUGGCGAUUUUCAGUGUUUAUGUGGUGAACAAAGCUGGCGGCCUUAUUUACCAGUUGGACAGCUACGCCCCACGGGCCGAGGCUGAGAAAACUUUCAGCUACCCGUUGGAUCUGCUGCUUAAGCUGCACGACGAGCGUGUGCUGGUAGCUUUUGGCCAGCGAGACGGCAUCCGGGUGGGCCACGCAGUGCUGGCUAUCAAUGGUGUGGACGUGAAUGGCAAGUAUACGGCCGAUGGGAAAGAGGUACUGGAGUACCUGGGCAACCCUGCUAACUACCCAGUGUCCAUUCGAUUCGGCCGCCCUCGCCUCACCUCCAAUGAGAAGCUCAUGCUGGCCUCCAUGUUCCACUCGCUGUUCGCAAUCGGCUCCCAGCUGUCUCCUGAACAGGGCAGCUCAGGCAUUGAGAUGCUGGAGACAGAUACAUUCAAACUGCACUGCUUCCAGACUCUGACAGGGAUAAAGUUUGUGGUGCUGGCGGAUCCUAGGCAGGCUGGGAUAGAUUCUCUUCUCCGAAAAAUUUAUGAGAUUUACUCAGACUUUGCCCUGAAGAAUCCAUUUUACUCCCUGGAAAUGCCCAUCAGGUGUGAACUGUUUGACCAGAACCUGAAGUUAGCCCUGGAGGUGGCAGAGAAGGCUGGAACCUUUGGACCUGGGUCUUAGGCUCAACCUACAGCGGACCCCACCAAAUUCUUAAGAGAUCCUACAGCAGGAAUCCUGCGGUUUCCACUUUGAUGGAGAUCCCGGCAGCAUUGUUAGUGCACUUGAAAAUGGGAGGAUGCUGAGCCUGAUGACAUGUUCUGAUCCCAAGCCUUAAUACCAUUCUCUCUUUCCUCCUAUAUCUGUCAUGGUCCUACUUCCCAACUCUGUACAGAUUAUUUAUAGGAGGUAGGCCCAUAAAUGUUGUAAUAAACAUUCCUUUGAGCUCA